AUGUAUACAAAACAAUCUAUCAGCCACGAGCUGGAGCCUGACGCCAGUCAGCUGCAUCUGGAGCUGGACUGCGCCAAGUUCUCGCUGCCUCACUUAAGCAGCACGAGCCCAGAGCUCUCCAUGAACGGCCAUGCUCCCAGCUAUGAGCUCUGCAGCGCGCUGAGCCGGCCCUCGCCCAAGCAGAACACGGCCCAGUACCUGGCCUCACCCCUAGACCAGGAGGUGGUACCCUGCACCCCCAGCCACGGCGGCCGUCCACGCGUGGAGAAGCUGUCUGGCCUGGCUGUGCCCGAGUACACCAGGCUGUCCCCGGCCAAGAUUGUGCUGAGGCGGCACCUCAGCCAGGACCACACGGUGUCAGGCAGGCCGGCCGCCAGCGAGCUGCACCCGAGAGCUGAGCACACCAAGGAGAAUGGCCUUCCCUAUGAGAGCCCCAGCGUGCACAGCAGCAUGAAGCUGAGCCCCCAGGACCCGCGGCCCCCAUCCUCUGGGACCCUGCAGCUUGCUGGAGAGAAGAGCAGUGAGAAGGGCCUGAGAGAGCGUGCCUACGGCAGUGGCGGGGGGCCCAUCACCAGCCUGCCCAUCAGCAUCCCACUCAGCACCGUGCAGCCGAACAAGCUCCCAGUCAGCAUCCCCCUGGCCAGCGUGGUGCUGCCCAGCUGCGCUGAGAGGGCCAGAAGCACCCCCAGUCCUGUGCUGCAGCCCCGAGACCCCUCGUCCACACUUGAAAAGCAUAUUGGUGCUAAUGCCCACAGUGCUGGGAGCAAAAGCCUUGCCCUGGCCCCUGCAGGCUUCUCCUAUGCUGGCUCGGUGGCUAUCAGCGAGACCCUGGCAGGCAGCCCAGCCUCUCUUGCCCCUGGAGCUGAGCCCGCCGCCUUGGAUGAGUCUUCCAGCUCUGGGAGUCUUUUUGCCAAUGUGAGGUCCCGCAGCUCCACGUCACAGCAUCCCCUGCUGCUGGCACAGCCCCAGAACUCGUGCCCGGCCUCUCCCGCCCACCAGCUCUCCUCCAGCCCCCUGCUCGGUGGGGCUGCCCACGGCCCGCUCCCCGAGGCCAGCAAGGGGGACCUGCCCUCCGAUUCCGGCUUCUCAGAUCCGGAGAGCGAGGCCAAGAGGAGGAUCGUGUUCACCAUCGCCACCGGCGCGGGCGGCACCAAGCAGUUACCUUCCAGCAAACACAGCCCCCUGACCGCCAGCGCCCGCGGGGACUGUGUGCCGAGCCAUGGCCAUGACAGCCGCAAGCGUGGCCGGCGGAAGCGAGCGUCAACGGGGACGCCCAGCUUGACCGCAGGCGUGUCCCCCAAGCGCCGAGCCCUGCCGUCUGUCGCUGGCCUUUUCACGCAGCCUUCAGGGUCUCCUCUAAACUUCAGCUCCAUGGUCAAUAACAUCAACCAGCCCCUGGAGAUUAUGGCCAUCUCAUCCCCUGAGACCUCCCUGAAGAGCUCCCCUGUGUCCUACCAGGACCACGAUCAGCCCCGCGUGCUCAAGAAAGAGCGGCCCCUGAGCCAGACCAAUGGGGCGCACUACUCCCCGCUCACCUCCGACGAGGAGCCAGGCUCUGAGGACGAGCCCAGCAGCGCCUGAAUUGAGAGAAAAAUUGCAACAAUCUCCUUAGAAAGCAAAUCUCCCCCCAAAACCUUGGAAAACGGUGGUGGCGUGGCGGGAAGGAGGCCCGCGCCAGCCGGCGAGCCAGUCAAUAGCAGCAAGUGGAAGUCCACCUUCUCGCCGAUCUCCGACAUCGGCCUGGCCAAGGCUGCGGACAGCCCCCUGCAGGCCGGCCCCACCCUGAGCCAGAGCUCCCUGUUCGCGUUCCGGCCUGCCCUGGAGGAGACCCCCGCCGAUGCCAAGCUGGCUGCCCACCCCAGGAAAGGCUUUCCCGGCUCCCUGUCAGGGGCCGACGGACUCAGCCCCAGCACCAACCCUGCGAACGGCUGCACCUUCGGCGGGGGCCUGGCCGCCGAGCUGAGUUCACACAGCUUCAAUGAUGGUGCUUCUCUCCCCCACAAGGGCCCCGAGGCGGCCGGCCUGAGCUCCCCGCUGGGCUUCCCCUCGCAGCGCACCAAGGAGGCCUCGGACGCCAACCCUUUCCUGAGCAAGAGGCAGCUAGACGGCCUGGCCGGGCUGAAGGGUGAGGGUGGCCGCGGCAAGGAGGUGGGGGAGGGAGGCCUGCCGCUGCGCGGCCCCGCGGACAAAACUCCGCUGCCCGCCCGCAAGGCCGCCAAGGCCUGGGACCGUGAGCUCGACCUCAAGAACGGCCAGAGCCUCUUCAUCUCUGCGGCCGCCGUGCCUCCCGGAGGCCUUCUCAGUGGCCCCGUCCUGGCCCCGGCGGCGUCCUCUGCAGGCGGCUCUGGGUCCUCCACCCAGACACACCGGCCCUUCCUGGGCCCCUUCCUGCCAGGGCCGCAGUUCGCGCUGGGCCCCAUGGCCCUGCAGGCCAACCUGGGCUCCGUGGCCGGCUCGUCCGUGCUGCAGUCGCUCUUCAGCUCUGUGCCGGCCGCCGCUGGCCUGGUGCCCGUGUCGUCCGCUGCCACCAGACUCACCGACUCGCACGCCAUCGGCAGCUUUUCCGGGGUGGCAGGUAGCACAGUUGGAGGUAACUAGGAUUUCUACCUCAACCUCAAGACCUAUGCAAGGAUGGUGUGGACCAACUGCGCCCGCGGCACCUGCCUGCCGGC